GUCUAUUUCUCCAUGGGAACUAUCGUAUCGAACCAGAUAGAGCCGUUCUUUACCUUCGGUCUAUUUUUCCCCGAAAUAAAAGUUUGAAAUCAAUUUUCCCCCGAGUCGAAAGUUCGAAAGCUAUAUCUCCCCGAUUCUGGAUUAUAGCGGUUUAAUGUCUAAACCAGAGACCAAACCAUAUAUGUCCCAAAAAUAAACCAAUUGUUGAACCAAAUUCCUCCACCUACCCGACCCGUUUAUCAUAAAACCCAGAAUCAAAACCUAAAAUCAAUUUUCACUUCUUGCAUAAUCGAUUCUUCUUAUUGAAUUUGCUUCUUCUUCUUGAAUUUGCUUCUUCUUUCACGAGUUCGAGUAUCACAAUGAGUAAUGUGUCAACAAAUUCCACCGAAUCAAGUUUCCGUGCAAGAGGAAGGGUUAUCGGUGUCCCAAAGAGAUGUUGGUGCGGGGAAGGAAUCAUGGCUUUGACAUCGAAGUCCGAUUCGAAUCCGUACCGGAGAUAUUAUCGGUGUGGGUUUGCAGUAGCCAAUAAGCUUAGAAACGAUGAACACACAUUUAAAUGGGUUGAUGAAGCUUUUGUCAAUGAGAUAGAUACAUUAGAUGCAAAGACUGUUGAACUUGAGAAGCAGCUGAAAGAUAUCAGAACAGAGAGGUUUGAGUUGGAAAAGAUGGUUUAUGAGAAGAUGGAGAAGGAGAUAUUUGAGAAGGUUGAAGAUGCUUUGGAUGAAGCCAAAUCAAGCAAUAAGAGAAUGAUGCUUAUCAUAGUAUUCUUAUGUAUGAUCAUGAUUGGUCUCAGUAAGCUACUAGGUUGAACAAGAGAUUCAGUGUUGUUGUUAGUUUGUUGUUGUUAGUUUGUUGUUGCUAUGAAGACAAUUGUUGUUAGU